CACGUGACGUCAGAGCGCUGCUCUGCUCGCUCUGCCCCGCCAGAAGCUGAAACCCUUGGCGCCCAACGAUACAAACCAACGCCUGAGAGCUUUCUCACGCAAACACCUACAAUACCUACCAUAUUUUACCAAAGCUACGAUAGCAAGCACGAUGCCGCCGAAGCUUUCGUUCAGCGACGUUUGGCUGCCAUGCCUUCUCCUCCUUGUUUUCUGGGCUCGCCCCACCCAUGCUUUUGGCGCUGGUAACAUUGCCAGCUUGAGUGCCAUUGAGGGGCAGAAUUGGCGCCAUGGAGAUAUCGAGGAUACACUACUUACACUACUUAUCUCAAGCCGAACCGGCAAGAAGUUCAGCAAGAUGGACGUCAAGCGUGUCUACUUUGGCAACUGGCUGCGCGACUACUCACAAGCCGUCGAUGUGGGCACUGUCAAGAUGGUGUCUGCUGAAGCCAUCCGCAUCUUACUCUGGGUUCUCGGCUUCCUGAGUUUCGGAUAUGGGACCAAGGAGUUCGAAGUUACUCGGGACAGGCUGGGCUGUUACCGUCCUGAAGAGCACAUUGAUAACCCUAAAGAUUACGCCGAUAACCUUGACGCCCGUGAUUACGAUCGCCGCCUACGAGGCCCCGUCGAUGAGAGCCGCGAGCUGAGCGUUGACGAGCGCACCGGACUCAAGAACUACAUUGCGUCAGAGGAUCUCGGCAUCACUACAUCCGCUGCCAUGGUUCGUGACCUACUGAGGCGCUGCAUUGAUCUCGGUAUUCGCUCAGGUGGGCGCGGUCCCGACUUCCACGAGGCUCUCCGCCUCCUCGGGACCGCAACCCACUGCCUGGAGGACUACUCAGCUCAUUCCAACUAUACUGAGCUUGCUCUUAUCGAGAUGGGAGAACGAGACAUCUUCCCUCACGUUGGACGUAACUCUCGCAUCCAAGUCCAAGAGGCUCGUAAGGAAGUCUACCCUCUCGUCACUGGUACCUUUGGUGGGGUCGACUUCUUGCACUCCGUUUGCGGUGAAAUCACAGACAAGGCAACACAAUCCGAGCUCCAGGAGCUUGAAGGCGCCAUCACGAAUGCUGACAGGACAAAGAACAAGAGCAAGAUCAAGGAUCUGCUAAGUCAGCUUCCUGACGGCAUCUUUGGCGGUAAGGAUCAAAGUAGCAAGGCCGACGAGCUCGAGGAGAAUGCCAACGCCGCCGCCAUGGGUAACUUGCAUGUCACGCCGAAAGAGCCUGAGGCUUUCACUGAGCAGGUUGGCGAAAUGGUCAAGCAAAUCUAUCCAAUCAUGGAGUUCCAUGACGAGAUUAUGCAGGCCAUCAGCGAAUUCGUCGAGAAGAUCCCCGUGCUUCCUGAGCUCAUCGAGCAAGUUCAGGACCAGGUUUCCAUCUUCGUCUUCAGCCUGCUCGCUCCCUAUGUCCUUCCCAUCUUGACUCAGGUCAAGACUGAGCUCGAAGAAGGCUCAUCCGAGGUCAUUGCCAGUUCUCGUGAGAAGCAGCACAUCGUCUUUAACGAUGAUGAAUCGACUGACCCAACGCAUUCUAUGCUGUCGAAAGAUCACUUCUCCAACUUGUUGAAUGAACCUGCUGGGAAGAUUGCUUCUGCCGUCCUCAGCUGGGCGGUGCCACAAAUCGUUGAGUGCUGGGAUGGACAAGCUGAUCCCGAGGAGACUAUCAGCCGUAUCAUUGACGGCGUCUUCCAUCACCCUGCCUGUUUACGCGGAAAUGUUCGUGGCUCCGAUCAGUGCCGCAACAUUAUGUACGGUACUGUGAAAAGCUGGUGGGACAACCAUUCUGAGCGCAGCAAGGACGAUCUGCGCCAGAAGCUCAGUCGUCGAGGUGUGCAGAACGGUGAAAACCACAAGCCGGGAGUCGAGGACAAGGGUCACGGAUGUGGGAAGCCUCUCGGCAUGGCCAAUGACUUCGGCAACAUCAAGGGAGGCAAGGGACCCAGCCAGGUACCGAUUCAGCAGGCCACCGAUCACGUCGCUAAGCUUGCGAGUGAAGCUGCUGGAGGUGGUGCUCUGGGAGGUCUUGUUGGUGGUCUUGUCGCUGGAGUCGGCGGCUCACUACUCGGAGAUGCUUUCGGCGGUAACGAAAGAAAGAGUAACAGCAACCAGAGCUAUGGCCAAGAUGGUUCCUACACUCAGUCUUACUCCGAGUCCGGCCAUCAUCAGAAGUCGUCCUACGGCGAUCCUGAACGUUACGGUCAAGCUCAAUAUCAGCAGACUCAGUAUCCUGCUGGUGGACGCCGUGAAGAGUAUCGUCGCCAGGAGCAGGAUGAGCAGGGUGGAUCCUAUAGCUACCAGCAAACGGUAGAGACUUCCAGCUACAGCACCGGAGGUGGGUACGAACGCCGCGAGGAACGUCGUGUACAAAGCGGUAACGACUGGCAAUCUGAGGAGCGUCGCGAGGGCUUUGAUCGCCAAGGACAGUACUACAACGAGGAGAAAGAGCGACGCGGUAAGUCCCACAAAUCCAAGAAAGACGCUUCGGACGACGACAAGUCUGGAGACGAGGACUCGUAUGAGAAACGUCAGAAGAAAGAGCGCAAGCGACGCGAGAAAGAAGAGAAGAAGCGAAACAAGAAAUAUGGUAGUGGUGACGAAGAUUCGGAUGACGAUGCUGACAAGCGUCGUUCAGGUUCCGGCGAGCAAAGGCGCCGCUCGCGAUCUCGCGAGCAAGAACACAGGCGCAAGAAGAGCAAGAGCCCGUCUCCGAGGCGCCAGUCUGGAGGCUAUGGGCAGGAGCGAAGGUACGGUGAAGAGAGCCAGAGUGGAUAUGGUCGUCAAGAAGAGACCGGAUACGGAGACUAUUCUCGUCAGCAGGAGAGUCACAGUCGCCAAGAAUCGUCGGGUUACGGGGGCAAUUCAUACGGUGGAGGCCGCCGUGAAGAAUCUUUCGGCGAUGACAGAAUGCCUGGUGGUUUUGGCGGUGACGACGAGCCUCGCCAGCGAGGUUUCGGUGGUGAGCAUCAUGGCCGCCGACGGGAUGAUGAGGAUGAGUACCAAGGCCGCAGGCAGGAGGGAGGCGGCUACGGUGGCGGUUACGGUCAAGGCGGCUAUGGAGAGGAGGGUCAGGGUCGCAGGUACUAGAGCUCCAGAGCAUCUUGAUAGAACUGCACUGCAGUCCCGGUAUCUACACCUAUGAACAGUCUGUCCAAGAGAACUGACCUCUCAUGCCGCCUCUCGAGAAUGUGAUCAACACAGGUCGCCAGCACCCAUAGUCUAGUUUGAAACCUUGCCUCUCACGUUGAAGGACAAGUGGCGGGCUAAGGGUGUGAGCCACGUACACCACACGACAGCAAAGUAGGGAAAAAUUCAAUAGAUUCUCACAGAAUGCUUGUAAUAUGGAAC